UGGCUUGACGGUGACUCUUCUCUCCGGUGGUCAGUUCUGUCCGGUGACGUUCAGAGCAGCAAAACAACCGGAAAUUAACAUUCCUCUCGGUAGUUUUCCAACCGACACUUCCCCGGUCCGUUUACCGGCGUUCACCGGACAGCAGCGGUUUUUAUUUCCCUUCUCAGUGUCUGACAGGAGAAUGGCAGAGCAGGACAGAAGAUCCAUCCCUGACUGAGAGGAGGAGGAGAGGAGGAGGAGGAGGAGAAGAGGAGGAUGGAGCGAGCCCACAGCCUCCUGCUGAACGAGGAGGCGUGCAGUCAGCUGGGCGAACAUCAGCGGGCGGCGUUCGUCUUUGAGUGGCUGAACCAUCUGAAGAAGCUCCUCCCUGCCGCUGAAAGGGACGACGUCAGGCGGAACCAGCGGCGCCUGGUGGAGCAGCUGUGUGGCGUCCUGAUCGGCUCCCCCGGCCCGCCGACCCGCUGGCUGCUGGCCCACUGCCUGGCCCUGCUCUACAACCUGGGAGACCCCGUUACGGCCGCCCUGUCGGUGGACCGGUGCAAUGACAUCAUCCGCAGCAGAGAUGACUCUCCGUCGGGACUCCCGACCCGACUGGCCGCCGUCGCGUGUCUCGGCGCCAUGUUCCAGCAGCUCGGCUGGAGGCUCGCCGGCUCCUUCAGGGACUCCCUGACCAACCUGCUGAAGGCCAUGAAGAGCGCCGAGUCUCAGGGUCGCUAUGAGAUCAUGAAGUGUUUGGAGAAGAUCCUGAGGGGUCUGGGCGUCAGCGCCGCGCCGUGUCACCGGGACGUCUACAAGGCUGCAAGGACGUGUCUGGUGGACCGGUCCAUGGCCGUACGCUGCGCCGCCGCCGAGUGCCUGCUGGAGCUGCAGAGGGAGGCCGUGUUCCUGUGGACCAGCGAGCUGGAGAACGUGGCCUCGCUGUGCUUCAGAGCCUUCGACGGGUCCAACCCCAGCGUCCGGGUGUCCGUGGCCAGACUGCUGGGCACCCUGCUGGCGGCCGCCGUGGAGCCCCGGCAGCCCGCCGCAUCCCCGAGGCAAAGGGGGCGGAGCUCCUUGGAGGAGGCGAUGGACUUGUUGUCAGGGGGGUUCUUGCGGGGCGGGGCGGGUUUCCUCCGAGCCAGCGGAGACCUUCUGAAGGGGACCAGCUCCGUCAGCAAGGAGGUCCGCAUAGGAGUCACACAGGCCUGCGUGGUCUUCACCUCCUUGCUGGGAGGCUCCUGGUUGGAGUCUAACUUCCCGUCCUUCCUGUCGCUGCUGAUGGAUCUGGCGUCCCACGGACGAGCCACGCAGACGGCGGGCGACGCCGCGAUGACCCGGCGCUGCGUCUCCUUCGUGCUGAGGAGCACCCUGGGGUGCCUGCUGGGGGAGAAGGCUCAGACCGACGCCGCCAAGCACAUCUGCCUCGCCGUGGCGACGCAGCAACGAGCCGUCGACUCUCUGACUGAAGGGAACAUGGAGUCUAAAUCUUCUCUAGACGUCUCAGCCAGUCAGCAGCUGGUUUGCUGUCUGCUGGAACUGGGAGCUCUGAUACAGGGACUGGGAUCCACGGCCACCCCCCUGCUCACUGACAGCAGCCCAGGCCUCCUGGACACGGUAGUCUCCGUCCUCCUCCACCCGGCCUCCUCCGCCUCUCUGGCCGCCGCAUGGUGUCUGCGCUGCGUUGCCGUGGCGAUGCCUUCCCAGGGUUCCCCGCUGCUGGACCGCUGCACCGAGCGGCUGGUGACGCUGAAGUCCUCCCCCGAGGCCGUGGCCGGGUACGGGGCCGCCGUCGCCGCCCUGGUGGCCGCGGUGCAGCACUGCCCCCUAGGAAUACCGCACACCAAAGGCAUGCUGGUCCUGGGUCUGGCUGAGGACCUGCUGCGGUCCGCCUCUCAGAACAGUCGGAUCUCUCUGCAGAGGACUCAGGCCGGCUGGCUGCUCGUCUCCUCUCUCCUCACUUUGGGCCCUGCUGUGGUGGAGCACCACCUUUCCCGUCUCCUCCUCCUGUGGCGGUGUGUGUUUCCUGCUUCACUCAGAGAGCAGGAGAUGGAGCUGCGCCGAGGGGACUACUUCACGUGGCAGGUUACGCUGGAGGGGCGCGCCGGGGCGCUCUGCGCCAUGAAGAACCUGCUGCUCCACUGCAGGGAGCUGGUCACCGAUGACAUCAUCGGCCGUCUGCUCACGCCAUUGGCCUGCGCCGUGGCCCUGCUCACCAAGCUGCCGGCUCUCGUCAGGUCUUACAGCGGUUCAGUUCUCAGAUGGUCUCUGGUCUACAGACUGAGAGUCUAUGAGCUGCUCGCUCUGCUGCCUCCUCACACCUACCAAGAGAGCUUUGGUUUGGUGAUGAACCAGCUGGUCUGGGAUCUGUCCGGUCAGGACAACCUGAACCAGCCGUGUUCAGAGCUCCUCCUGCUGCCCCCUCUCUGCCACCAGGAUGACCUGCAGCUGGUUGGCCCCGCCCUCCACGCCAGCGACCACAGAUACAUCGAGGAGCAGCUGCACAGCAGCAUUGUGGGAGGAGCCUCGCUGGACAACGACGCCUUCAGUCUUUGUGAGAAGAGCGAGGAAGCUCCUGCUCCUCUUCCUCCUCCCGUCGCUCUCACCGCCGCCGCCAUCUGCCUCUUCGGAGCGCUCUACCCCCACGUCAUCUCCGCCCAGAGGGUGAAGAUACUGGAGACUUUUGUAGAAACAGUGAACCAGCUGAAGGGUCAACGGCAGCAGACGGUCCAGACACACGUCUGUGCUGCCCUCUGCAGUCUGCUCAAGCACCAGGGUGGUGCUCGGGGCUCCCUGGGUCCAGAGGAGGUGCGCCCCCCGGCCCUGGUCCUCCUGUUGGGGGCCCUGGAGGGCCUCAGUCCUGUGCUGAGGUGUCUGGCUGCUGAAGGUCUGGCCCGGCUGGUCCAGGUGGUCGGAGACCCUGUUUUCACCGUGUCCGUGUCCCUGCUCUGCUUCGACAGGCUGAAGACGGCCCGGGAUGCAGCAUCUCGCAGUGGCUUCGCUCUGGCUCUGGGGGCGCUGCACCGCUACACCGGAGGAAUCAGCUCACCUCAACACCUGAACACCUGCUUGGGGGUCCUGUUCACCCUGAGCCAGGACAGCACCUCACCUGAGGUCCAGACCUGGUCCCUCCACAGUCUGGCUCUGGUGGUGGACCUGUCCGGUGGGUUGUACCGCACGCACGCCGAGCCCUCCUUCACCCUGGUGCUCCGCCUGCUGCUGGCGGCUCCGCCCACCCACCCCGAGGUGCACCGCAGCCUGGGCCGCUGCCUGCACGCCCUCAUCACCUGCCUGGGCCCCGACCUGCAAGGUGAUGGUGCAGUGGUCUCCGGUCUGCGCUCCACCUGUCUGGUGGCAUGUGAAGUGAUGCAGGACAGUCUGGACUCUGUGGUUCAGGCCAGAGCCAUUUCCUGUCUGCAGCAGCUGCACAUGUUCUCACCUCCACACGUCAACCUGGCCAGCCUCGUACCUGCACUGUGUGAGAUCUUGUUGGAUUAUUCCUUGUUGGCCCACCUGUGCAGCUCCUCCCUGUGCCUCCGUCGGGCGGUGGGGGCGUGUCUCCGUCAGCUGGCCCAGCUGGAGGCCGUGGAGGUGUGUGUGCACGCUGUGACGCUCGUCAAGGAGUCGCCCAGAAGAGAGCGCACACAGCUGGACGUCACUCUAAAGGAGGUUGGUCUGGAAGGAGCCCUGUUCACUCUGCUGGACCGGGAGUCAGAUCCAGGUCUCAGGGGGGACAUCCAGGAGACUCUGGUCCACAUGAUGGCGUCCAGCGCCACCAGCGGCAAACUGGGACACUGGCUGAAACUCUGCAAGGACGUCCUGUCUGCGACCACCGACUGUCGGGCUCCGCCUGAGGCGAGGCAGGAGGACGAGGAGGCGGAGCCUGCCAGAGACGACGACUCCUCUGUGUUCAAGGCGGGGCCGGAGUCCGGCGGCCCGUUCACGGCGCUCCGCUGGGCCACGCGGCGCUUCGCCGUGGAGUGCGUGUGCCGCAUCGUCGCUCAGUGUGAGACCGCCGACCCGGCGCACUUUGACACGGCGCUCGCUCAGGAGCGCCGCCUGCACGAGUCCACCGACUUCCUGGUGCUCCAUCUCGGGGACCUGGUCCGCAUGGCGUUCAUGGCGGCGACGGACCACAGCGACCAGCUGCGGCUGGCGGGCCUCCAGACGCUGCUGGUGAUCAUCAGGCGCUUCUCCGCCAUCCCCGAACCCGAGUUCCCGGGUCACGUGAUCCUGGAGCAGUACCAGGCUAACGUUGGAGCUGCUCUCAGACCAGCCUUCAGCGCCGACGCUCCUCCUGACGUCACUGCCAAGGCCUGCCAGGUGUGCAGCGCCUGGAUAGCCAGCGGCGUGGUCAGCGACCUCCGUGACCUGCGGCGGGUCCAUCAGCUCCUGGCCUCCUCAUUGGCCAAAGUCCAGGUCGGGGGGGGCGGGUCCGGUCAGCUGUACAACGAGGCCGCCGCCACCAUGGAAACGCUGGCCGUCCUGAAAGCCUGGGCCGAGGUUUUACUGGUUCUACUGGUUCCACUGGUUCCACUGGUUCCACUGGCGAUUCAUUGUUUUGAUAGACUCGUGAGAUUAAUGUGUUUGAUGCCUCCUCCUCCUGAUCCUCCUCCUCUCCUCCUCCUCCUGCUCCUCCUCUCCUCCUCCUCCUGCUCCUCCUCCUCCUCCUCCUCCUCCCUCUCUCAGGUUUAUGUCGUAGCCGUUCAGAGGAGUGGACAGAAGGAGCGUCCCGAUUGGACGGCCGACCUGUCGUUCUCCUCGCCUCUGGCCAAUCACAGCUCAGGCUCUGAGUCCGGAGGGGCGGGGCUCCUGAAGCUGGUGCAGUCAGACCUGUCGACGCUCAGCCACCUGUGGCUGUCGGCGCUGCAGGACUACGGCCUGCUGAGCCUCCCCCAGGAGUACGCCUCACAGCUACCUGAGACAGGAGGUUCUUUCUACACAGCGGAGACCGUGAACCAGGCCAGAGCUCAUUAUUCCUCCUCCUGGGCUCCGAUCCUCCACGCCACCUCCCUCUGGCUGCACAGCACCGGUUUCGUGAUGUCAGACGACACACCUGUCUACCUGUCCCGCCCGGCCACGCCCACUUCCAUGGGAAACAUGGGGGGCGGAGCCAAGACUCCGGAGGACGUCAACGCCGAAAGACUGCAUCUCAUUCUGGGGAUCAGUGUGCAGUUCCUGUGUUCUCCGGACGACCAGAUGGAGAACAUCACUUCCUGUCUGCGAUCUCUGCAGGCGCUGCUGGACGUGGCCUGGCCCCGAACCAGGAUCGGGAACGACCAGGUCCUCAGUGUGGAGCUCCUCAGCGUCCUCCACCGCCUCUUGGUGACCAGAGAGUCUUCAUGUGUUCAUCUCGCUGUGUUUGACCUCCUGAGACGAAUCAUCACGUCAUCCCAGGAGCUGGUUAGAGAGAGACGCUACAGCGCAGAGGUGGAUGACGGCGCCUCAGAGAAGGAGACGCUGCCAGAGUUCGGCGAGGGUCGGGACACCGGCGGUUUGAUUCCCGGGCGCUCGCUGGUAUUCGGAGCACUGGAGCUGUGCCUCUGUGUGCUGGUCCGGAAACUUCCACAGCUCAGCCCCAAACUGGCCGGAACCAGUCCUACUGGUCCAGGGGGUUCGGUGUGGAGUUUGACUGACAGCGACUGUCAGCUUGUGGCGUCCGCUCUGUGUGUCCUGUCUGAGCUGCCGUCCAUCUGCUCCCCAGAAGGCAGCGUGUCCGUCCUCCCCACCGUCCUCUAUCUGCUGCUGGGAGUGUUCAGAGAGAUGGUGCUGCAGCCCAGCACACACACUGGUGCCCCAGCGGCGGGCUCCGGUCCGGCCGCGGUGGUCCAGUCGGCUCUUCGGGCUCUGAAGGUCGUGCUGACGUCUCCAAUGAGCCGGCAGGAGAAGAGCAGAGGAGCCUGGAGCCAGCUGCUGAGGGCGGCGCUGAGCUCCCUGCUGGGCCUCUGGGACGCCGACCCGGGGGGGGACCACAGCAGCCUCCUCACCGCUCUCACCGUCUUCCUGCUGUCUGCUGGCCCGGACGUCUGCACCGUGGAGCCUCUGCCCGCGCUCAGUCUGCAGCGCUUCAGGGCCAGCAUGGACGCCAAAGACCCGCUGGUCGUGGGUCGAUGUCAUCAGCUGUUGACGUCGCUGUUUCAGGCUCCGCCCACCGUGGCCGUCCCGUACAUCCGGGCGCUCGGACCACCGCUGGUUCGAUUCCUGCAGAAGGUGGAGCGGAGUCGUCCUCAGAGUCCAGAGGAGCUGGUGGGGGUCCUGGAGGGGGUCCGAGCCAUGGAGGCUCUGGUCCAGGCUGCAGACCCGUCUCAGCGUCCUCAGCUGGUGGCCGUCUUGCUGCCGCUCCUCAUCUCCUUCCUGCUGGAUGAAAACGCUCUAGGCUCCGCCCCCGCGGCGUCCCGGUCGCUCCACCAGGCGGCGCUCAGAGACCUGAUGCGUCUCGGCCCGCAGCACUCGGCUGUGUUCAGGUCGCUGGUCUCCUCGGCUCCUCCCCUGAAGUCUCGACUGGAAGCCGCCGUCAGGGGGAACCAGGAGAGUCUGACCGCUAAAGCCAGGUCCUCCCCCGCCAAGUCCUCCCCCAGCAUCACGCUCAAGACCCACUUCCUGUGAGGCGGGUGGCUCCACCCACAUCUCCACGCACGCCGCGCGUCACCCAAUCACAGCCAGCCACGCCGUUAUGGACGCUCUCAUGUCAAUAAUCACUCGUACCGCUUGUCUCUAGACACGAUGAGCGUGGAACAUCGUGCACGUUAAUAUUACACUAACAUCGUUCACAUGCACGUUAAUAUUACACUAACAUCGUUCACGUGCACGUUAAUAUUACACUAACAUCGUUCACGUGCACGUUAAUAUUACACUAACAUCGUUCAAGUGCACGCAGAUCAUGUUUCUGAAUCCUCCUCAUGUCUCCAAUUACAUAUGAGUCACAUACAUAUAUAUAUAUAUAUAUAUAUAUAUAUAUAUAUAUAUAUAUUUCAUUUUAAUCAGUAAACUCUUCAUGAGGAAUGUCAUCUUUUUAGUAAAAAGAGCAAAACAUGAAUAUUUAAUGUGGUCAAAAUGCAUUAACUUUAAUCUGUGUAAUGAAAACAAAUCCCUCAUUAAUCAUGUUACAUGAAUUUCCUUCAAUUUCUUCUUCUUUUGGUAUUUUUACAAAGAGAAUCUUUAUUUUUUUUAAUGACAUUUAUUUUCCUUUUUUUCCAAAUGUAUUCAUGAAGCACAUUUAAUGAAUAUUACAUCACAUCAUUAUCAGUUGACCCAAAUGCUGUAAAAUAAAAAUGUAGUAAACAAGUUGAAAAGACAAAAGACAAGAGUUUUAGGAUUUACAAACAGGCAGUGAAGGGGUCAGCCGAUGCAGAGGCAACAACAGGCCAAAACCUUCAGAAUAAAAGCCCUUUCACUUCCUGUUUGAGGAUUCACAUUUCUACACAAUGGAACAUGAUUGAUUAAAUAUUGAGCCUGUCAGGGAAGGCCUCUAGGGGGCAGCACGGUGUGGUCGUAUUGAUCCUUUGUUUCACAAUAAAGCUCACAGGUACAGUUAAACGGUGACACGGAGCUCCACCAAUCACAGCAGAGCAUCUCUCCCCUUGACUCCGCCCACCUGCCUCCUCCAGUCCAAUGAGACAAACACUGUGCUGUUUGAUCAGCUCUGACAAUGAAAGAGAGGCUUUUAUUUUGAAGGAAUGAUUGUCUCCAUAACCGUUUUAGUGAAAAUGAUUUGUUGAGUUUGAAUUCUGUGAAUCAUAUGGUGGCCUGUAAGGGACAAUUCAGUGUUCAGCACUUUAGUUAACCAAGAAGAAUGUGAGUUAGUUAAAGGAUUUCACAAUAAAACACUAAAGGUUUA